AUGGAACGAGGAACGGCAGGAGCUGGGAGUCCUGAUACCGCGGAUCGGAACGGAGGACAACAUCGUCGUCACCCUGGGAGCCAGAGGCGUGCUGGAGAGAUCCCUGAAGGCCGCCGUCCACGCGCUCUACGUGGACGCCCUGAAGAAAAAGCCGGACCAGGCCGGCACCCGCUUCCCGGGCGGAGGCGGCGAGGGGCCGGGGAGCCGGGCACUGCGCUGCCCCGUCGGAGAGGAGGGCCCGGGCCCCAGCGGGCAGGGGCUAGGCUGGGCGGCCGCGGCAGAGGGCGAAGCCGGCAGGAGGUGAGGCUGGGCGGCCGCGGCAGGGCGAGAAGCCGGCAGGGGCUGGUGGGCGGCCGCGGCCGGGGGGCUGGGCACCAGAGGGGCUCCCCGGCCCGGGGCCACGCAGCGGGGCGGAUGGCUGCGGGCAGCAUCACCACCCUGCCCGCGCUGCCCGACGACGGGGGCAGCGGCACCUUCCCCCCGGGGCACUUCAAGGACCCCAAGCGGCUGUACUGCAAAAACGGGGGCUUCUUCCUGAGGAUCAACCCGGACGGCAGAGUGGACGGAGUCCGGGAGAAGAGCGACCCGCACAUCAAAUUGCAACUUCAGGCAGAAGAAAGAGGAGUGGUGUCAAUCAAAGGUGUAUGUGCAAAUCGUUUUCUGGCUAUGAAGGAAGAUGGCAGAUUAUUGGCAUUGAAAUGUGUAACUGAAGAGUGUUUCUUUUUUGAGCGCUUGGAAUCAAACAACUACAACACUUACCGGUCACGGAAAUAUUCUGAUUGGUAUGUGGCACUGAAAAGAACUGGACAGUACAAACUUGGACCAAAAACUGGACCAGGGCAGAAAGCUAUCCUUUUUCUUCCAAUGUCUGCCAAGAGCUGAUUUCAGUGGUAGAUUCUAUAGUCUAUGCCACAACACACUAAAGUGGUAGUUUCCUCCACUCCUUCCAAAAGUAGUAAAGUGUGAGCAAAUAUUUGAUAACUGCUUUUGCAGAUGUCUGAUUACUAAAUAUGUUUGUAUAAUAUAACCUUGAUGUUACUGUAUGUUUUGAAACAAUUGUGCCAGUGUCCAGAGGAAAAAGCACCAGGAAAAUGUAUAGAAACUUCAGUAUCCGUGCUUCACGUAUUUUCCUCUAGUUAGAGCUACUAUAUUAGCCUUAUGUUAGCCUUGCAGUGUAAAGGAAACUUAAAGAUGUGCACACAUUUACAG